AACCGGGAAACAUGGAGGUGGACAAGCAGUAAAGCUUGUGAGAGAGCUCUACAAUAUAAAGUAGGAGAAAAAAUCCACGGGUUCACUGUAAACCAGGUAACACCUAUUCCUGAACUCUUCUUGACUGCUGUGAAACUCAGUCAUGACAGCACAGGUGCUAAAUAUUUACAUGUCGCAAGAGAAGACAAAAAUAAUUUGUUUAGUGUGCAGUUUCGUACGACUCCAAUGGAUAGUACUGGUGUUCCCCACGUUCUUGAGCACACAGUUCUCUGUGGUUCCCAGAAAUUCCCCUGUAGAGAUCCUUUCUUCAAAAUGUUAAAUAGGUCAUUAUCGACGUUCAUGAAUGCCUUCACAGCUAGUGACUAUACUCUGUAUCCUUUUUCCACACAAAACCCCAAGGAUUUUCAGAAUCUCCUCUCGGUGUAUUUGGAUGCAGCCUUUUUCCCAUGCUUACGGGAACUGGACUUCUGGCAGGAAGGAUGGAGGCUAGAGCAUGAGAAUCCAAGUGACCCCCAAACACCCUUGAUCUUUAAAGGCGUUGUCUUUAAUGAAAUGAAGGGAGCAUUUACAGAUAAUGAGCGAAUAUUCUCACAGCACCUUCAAAAUAGACUUCUUCCUGACCACACUUACUCAGUGAUCUCUGGUGGCGAUCCGCUGUGCAUCCCGGAUCUUACAUGGGAACAACUGAAGCAGUUUCAUGCUACUCAUUAUCACCCAAGUAAUGCUAGGAUCUUCACAUAUGGUAAUUUCCAGUUAGAGAAACACCUGAAACAAAUCGAUGAAGAAGCACUGAGUAAAUUCCAGAAAAUUGAACCAAGUACCACAGUGCCAGCUCAGAAGCCUUGGGAUAAACCUAAGGAAUACCAGAUAACAUGUGGCCCCGACUCACUCGCUGCAGAUUCCUCUAAGCAGACAACUGUCAGUGUCAGCUUCCUCUUACCAGGAAUCACUGAUACAUUUGAAUCCUUCACAUUAACUCUUUUGUCUUCACUCUUGAUCGGUGGGCCCAAUUCUCCCUUUUAUAAAGCUUUAAUUGAAUCUGGACUUGGCACAGACUUUUCUCCUAAUGUUGGAUACAAUGGUUAUACAAGGGAGGCCUUCUUCAGUGUAGGCCUACAAGGGAUUGCUGAGAAAGAUAUUCAGACAGUCAAAAACAUUAUUGAUAAAACAAUUGAUGAAGUCAUUGAAAAAGGAUUUGAAGAUGAUCGAAUUGAAGCUUUGCUUCAUAAAACUGAAGUACAAAUGAAACACCAAUCAACUAGCUUUGGACUUACGUUGACAUCAUUCAUAGCUUCUUGCUGGAAUCAUGAUGGGGACCCUGUGGAACUCUUGAAAUUAGGAAAUCAAAUGGCUCAAUUCAGAGAGUGCCUUAAGGAAAAUCCAACAUUUUUACAAGAAAAAGUAAAGCAAUAUUUCAAGAAUAAUCAACAUAAGCUGACUUUGUCAAUGAAACCAGAUGACAAAUAUUAUGAGAAACAAACACAAAUGGAAACAGAAAAGCUAAAGCAAAAGGUCAAUUCUCUUUCACCACAAGACAAGGAAGCGAUAUAUGAGAAAGGCUUAGAAUUACGAACUCAGCAAAGUAAACCGCAUGAUGCCUCUUGUCUACCUGCUCUGAAAGUGUCAGAUAUCGAGCCGACCAUACCUGUCACUGAGCUGGAGGUAGCAUUGGCAGCUGGAGAAGUCCCUGUUCAGUACUGUGCCCAGCCAACCAAUGGUAUGGUAUACUUCCGAGCCUUUUCUAGUUUAAACACACUUCCUGAAGAGCUAAAGCCGUAUGUGCCUCUUUUCUGCAGUGUCCUUACCAAGCUGGGCUGCGGCAUUCUGAACUACCGAGAACAAGCUCAACACAUCGAGCUUAAGACAGGAGGAAUGACUGCUUCUCCCCACGUGCUCCCUGAUGACUCCCACCUAGAUACCUACGAGCAGGGUGUGCUUUUUUCCUCUCUCUGCCUGGAUCGAAAUCUACCAGAUAUGAUGCACUUGUGGAGUGAAAUAUUUAACAAUCCCUGCUUUGAAGAAGAAGAACACUUCAAAGUAUUAGUGAAAAUGAGUGCUCAGGAGCUUGCAAACGGCAUUUCCGAUUCUGGUCAUCUCUAUGCAUCCAUUAGAGCCAGUAAAACCCUCACACCUGCAGGAGACCUACAUGAAACUUUCAAUGGAAUGGAUCAGGUCAGAUUAAUGAAGAGAAUUUCUGAAAUGACAGACAUCAAACCAGUCCUGCGGAAGCUCCCACGUAUCCAGAAACAUGUGCUGAACUGUGAUAACCUGAGGUGUUCGGUGAAUGCAACUCCUCAGCAGAUGUCUCACACGGCGAAAGUUGUAGAGAGCUUCAUUACAAACCUUGGUCGAAGUAAGAAAGAACGAAAACCAGUCCGUCCACAUGUGAUUGAGAAACCCGCACCUAAUGGAUCUAGUGGAAGUCCACAUGUUAAUGGUUCCCAAAUCAUUAGGAAGCUAAUCACAGACCCUACUUUCAAGCCCUGCCAGAUGAAGACCCAUUUUCUGCUUCCUUUCCCAGUGAACUUUGUUGGGGAAUGUGUUAGAACUGCGCCUUACACACAUCCAGACCAUGCCAGUCUUAAGAUCCUUGCACGCUUGAUGACUACUAAAUUCUUACAUACAGAAAUUCGGGAAAAAGGUGGUGCUUAUGGUGGAGGUGCUAAACUUGGCCGUAAUGGAAUAUUCACUCUUUACUCUUAUAGGGAUCCAAACUCAAUAGAAACUCUGCAGGCCUUUGGAAAAGCUGUUGACUGGGCUAAGUCUGGAAAAUUCACACAGCAGGACAUCGAUGAAGCAAAGCUUUCCGUGUUCUCGGGUGUGGAUGCUCCUGUGGCGCCUUCAGACAAAGGUAUGGACCAUUUCUUGUAUGGACUGGCUGACGAGGUAAAGCAGGCACAUCGGGAACAGCUCUUUGCCGUCAGUCACGACAAACUUAUCGAUGUGAGCCAUAAGUACCUUGGCAUUGGGAAGUGCACACAUGGGUUGGCUUUACUUGGACCAGAGAAUGUAAAAAUUGCUAAGGACCCAUCAUGGAUAGUAAGAUAACCAAACCUGUGAGCUAGAUUUAAUUCCAACCUUUAAACUGAAGGUCCAGAGUGUCAUUGGGUUUGGGAAAAAUCUUAUCACAUAUGAUCUUAAGACUUUGCCAAACAUCUUGACUGGAAAAUCAGACUAAAAGUCUUUCGUUUAAAGGAGGAAAAAUACUGUGAACAGGAAACAGUGAUAUAAUUGAAAUGAUCAUGGUUUAGGUGCCAAAGAUGCACAGAAUAAAAAUUUAAAAGUUUCUAAUGACAUAUAAAUGCUUAUUUUACCAUAUUAACAUUAGAAUAUAUUUUGAAAGCUUAAAAAUAAAAGACAGCUCUGACUUA